AGGUUGUCAAAAAAUUUCUUCGACGGUCUGAUGGCCGCGCAUUUGUCUCGCUUUUCGCAGAUGGUGUAAAAUAUACAAAAGCCUAAAAAUUGCAUAAAAAUAGACAGUUUUUUUAGUAAUACUAUUUGUGUGAAUUGUGGAGCAUAUGAACUCAACUACCCUAGUAAAUCUAACUAAAUGCUGACCGGCUAAGCUGGCCUCUUAUGGAUAUGACAUCACUGGAGUUUAUCGCCGCAACGGUCGUGCCGGUGUUAGCGCUGCUAUUCGUGGGAACUAUCGGAUUUGUGAACCUUUUCCACAUCGUGCGAAAACGCUUUCCGAUACGCGUAAAUUGCUGGUUUUGUAAUACCAAUACAAGAGUCCCUUACGAAAGCAACAAUUCCUGGUUUUGUCCAAGCUGCACUCAGUACAACGGAUUUACGGAGGAUGGGGACUACAACAGGGAAAUCCCAGCCCAGUAUCAAAGCCGACUGAAUCCCCAGGCGAACAUCACCGACGAUGACAAGAUCAGCUACUCGGCCCCGCAGAAUGGCCUAUGUUUCGGUUGUAAUCGCAAUCAGGAACUGAAAAUACACCAACUGGCUUCGUUCGUCCCGGACGUGGACGAAAACUACGAUGAGGAAGUGGAGGAGUACAAACGGCAGUUGGAGCAGACAUAUAAACUGUGUUCACGCUGUGAGCGAGUUGUGAAGCGCACACUGAAUGAUGUCAAACGAAAUAUUCUUGGUUCCAAGUUAGCUCAGAUCGGCACCAAAGGCCUGAAAGUGUUUGACAUGCACAUGGAAGCAAAUGAUAAGCAAAAUUCAGCCCGGCGACGCAAAUCGAUUGCGAAUGCAUGCCUGGGCGUUAUUACACUGUUGCUGUUGAUGAAAAUUGUCCAAGUGGCAGCUCCGUUUGCGCUUAACUUGAAACGACUCGAAUCGUCGCUUCAUCCAAACAUUUCACAAGCAGUUCUUAUUGUGGUCUCGUAUAUAGUGGCAGUCAAGGACACUUUUCUCGCUCAAUGGAAUGGAAUCGUAGAGAAACCCACCAUAGUGGAUAGUGUCAAUCAGCUGGAGAGUGUCAAAAACGUCUUCUCUUAUUAUUGGAAGGAGAAAGUGAAUUUCCCGGAAAACUUUAGUGAUGCACUACGCGAGAGCACCGAAAUGAUCAUCCCAAGGCAUAUUCUAUCCAACUUAGCUCUAAUUGGCCUAUCGGCAACAAUGCUGACAAUGAAGCUUCAUGUGGGAAACCUAAAACCAAUCGUUGUUAUCACUUGCAGUAUGAUAGAAAUUAUGCUUAAGGCGGAUUUGGUUCGGCAGAUCGUUAACGUUGACACAAAUCUUGAUUCGGUUUGGGUCCUGCUGGCAUCGAUCUCACUAGUGGCCGCCCUCAGUUGCAUCGGAAAAACGACGCCCAAGGUAAACCCCUCAGACAACGUCAAUUCCAGCUUCCACAAAAUCUACUCCCAGCAAGCAAACGAUGCCGACUGCUCGGACACGAUCGACGACAGCAGCUCUAUACUAGAGGAUUCUUCUAUUCAUACACGUAAGGAAUAUCAGCCAGAGAGGCCGCCGCCGGUGAAUAAUCUAAGUGCCAAAUCGAUGGAUACCACCAAGUCCAUUAGUCCUUCCGCUCUGAGCGCUUCCACCUUGCGCCCAUUCCUCGACAGUUCGUUCAGCAGUCAGAUUCAAUCGCCUAGAUCCCAUUACGGAUCAGCAUUGAAUGUGAAUCGACUGAAUGCCACUUUCCAAGAACAGUCCUUCCGCAGCAUUAGUCAGCAAGGCCUAAAAGCACAAACUCCGUCCAUUUCGGUAGACAACUUCCACUCUGCCAUCGCUGGACCGAAUGAUUCUUCUCUCGGGUAUGGUUUCAGCAAAUACGGCUACUCUACAAACUGCCUUAACAAAUCGGCCAUUUUUGAAGAGGACCGCUUCGGUGACGAUAUCGAUCGUCUUAGCAUAAGCGGCCACUUAUCGGUAUCUCGAAAAGAUCUCACAAUGGUAAACAAUCCUUUCGCUACGCAUCACGUAGACCCCGAUCACGGUUUUGCACUGCGCCAACGGAAGGUAACCAUCUCUCCUCCCCAACUAGGUAACGUAGCUGAGUCCGGGAGCUCUUGGAUCGCCGGUGGCUAUUGGGGAGGUUCUCCGCCGAAAAACCCCUCGCAAGACAGUGGGGUCCCACAGGAUACAACAUUCACACAUCCGUACAUGUCGCGGACAUCGUCUCAAAGUUCCGGAUUCGAAUCUCAGCCAACACGUCGCCCCACACCGGAAGAACCUCCAGCCGUCGACCUAGACCGCGUGUCACUUUUCUCAGAGCCUGCCGGAAUAUUCACUUCUAACGCAAGCAGCGUAUCUGCAGCUUUCCAACCAACAACCCCUCGUCUGAAUCAAACUUUCCAUUUGCCGCUGCCACAGUCUUCGCCAAAGCCUUCAACUCACGUGUCUUUCGGUAAUCGAACCUCGAAUCAAUGGACCAGCGGUCGCAGUUUGUUCGGGGAAACCAGUCUCUUUCAUCCACAGCACCAGCACGGUUCGACUCUAGUUCCUUCGGUAAUUUUCCCACCACAUCACUCGCAAACGCCGCUAUUUGGGGCCCAUUCCAACAAUCUACCUCCUUCUCAUGGAGGAAGUUAUUCUUCGGUUGCUUCCUCUUCUUCCUUUCUGGCAACUGGACAGAUGGGACCGAAGAACGGCUCACGGCGCAGUCUGUUGAAUCUGAGCAAACUUGGUGGACUGACGGAGGAAAAGCUUGCCGAAAAUUAGAUCAAUUUUGUUUUUGUUUAGUUACAGUUCAUAAGUUUGUAUUAAGUCUUUUUAUAAAAGUCCAAAAAAGCUUUGUUCUUUAUUUUCGGUGUGAUAUUUAGACUGAUUAAUUACAAGGUAUAACGCUAGACUUCGAAUGGCGCGUGUUAACAAAUCUUAUCAUGAUCAAUAACCCGGUAUCAAUGGCCAUAACACAAUAAGUUUAAUACCGUCUUAAAUAAGUUAACUUGUAAAAUAGAAAUUAACACUGCCCAUUUUUACGUGAAACUAAGAAACAUCUACGAGUCUAUUAUAAAAAUAAAUACUUGUUAAAACAAA